AUGGCGAAGCCUUACGUGCCCCAUGACGUCCUUGACGAGACGGCCAAGACCUCAUUAGUCGGCCUGGGAAGCGGCUUCUUCAUUGCGGCCGUCCAGAAUGCCAUGUCGAGGCGCAACGUCGGCGCUUUGAGCGUCUUUACGCGGGGAGCUCCCAUCAUUGGCAUUUGCGGUAUGGACUUCCGGACACCGGAAGAAUGCGCUGCGGGUCCCGGUGCCUAUGCUUUCUUCUCCCGAACGAUGAUGAACCUGCGUGAGAAGGAGGAUGCUUGGGCCGCCGCCUUCGGAGGUUUCAUGUGCGGCAGUGUUCUCGGCCUUCCUUUCAAGCGUACUCCUGUCAUGUUCGCUCUUGGUGCUUUUGUCGGUACCGCUCAGGGUCUUUUCCACGUUGCUGGCGGCCGACUAGACAGCUUCUACAAGGAGGAGGAUGAGUUUGAGCGUAAGGAGAUUAUCCGACGGACAACCCGUGUGCCCGUUGAGCAGACCAUUGCUGAGCUUGGUGAGGGACGAGGCAUUCGUCCUCCCGGAUAUGAAGAGCGGAGACGAGAGCGUAUCAAGGAGAAGUAUGGCUUCGAGGUUAACCCUGUGAGCGCCACGGCUGAGGGCAGUCAAUAAAACGAAAAAGAAAUACCAAGAAUAAAGCCAGCUGUCAGAGACUGAGAGGGGAGUCUACGGCAGCUUGUAUAUAUAUAUGCAUCGCAUUCCAGUGCGGAAGAGAUGCGAUGCUAGAUAAUUCGAUCUUUUUUUUUUUGCUCUGUGUUGCCAUGCACCAUCGCUGUUCGCCAAUUUGCUGGUCU